UUGACCCCGCCCACAUCGCCUUCGAAGAUUAUUCGAGAAGGUGCUUUCGCGUGCCGGUAUUUGUGCCUACUGUUAGAUAAGAUGGCUAGCGAAGUUCAAAGAGCGCAGCUAGCAAGUGAAACAGAAGACACCAUCUUUGGUAAAAUUGUGAGAGGUGACAUACCUACCCAGUUUAUUUACGAAGAUGACAAGUGUGUAGCUUUCCACGAUAUCAACCCCCAGGCCCCUGUGCAUUUUUUGGUGAUCCCAAGAAAGCCGAUUCCGCAGCUUUCCAAGGCAACAGAGGAUGAUAAGGCUCUUCUAGGCCACAUUUUGUUUGUGGCACAGCAAGUGGCCAAGGAACAAAAACUGGACAAGGGUUUCCGCAUUGUGAUCAACGACGGUCCUCAGGGUUGCCAGUCCGUCUAUCAUGUCCACAUUCACGUUCUCGGUGGACGUCAGCUUGGCUGGCCUCCAGGCUAACUAGUGUCCAUUUCCCGCAUGAACCCAUGCAUAAUUUUCAGGCUGCUUAUUUCUUUGGUGUGUUCAACUACUUUGCUAUAACUUGUGGUGAAAGUCUACACCUGUGUUCAAGGCCCCGGUUUGCAAGUUUGAGUAUCAAUAAACAAAUUGACUGUUUGAGCA